UGAUAAUAUUGUCAGUUAGUAGGUACUAACUGCUAAGUUAUCGGUUGUUACUUGUCGGCAAUAAUUCGGCAUUCAGCUUCAGCACUCGCAGUAAAACAUAAAAGUUUAUUGAAACACACGAGUAGAAAUUUGGUUCCACAGUACCGGGUAUUGUAUUUAAUAAAAUAAUGAACAAUGCUGAUAUAAUAUAGUAUGUUUUUAAAUUUUAGAUUAUUUGGAUCGAUUAUUAUGAAUUCUUAUCUCUUUUAAUAGAAUUAUUUUGAAGACAAUAUAUUGGACACCUUCUUUGUUUAAUGUUAGUCAUAUGUUAAUUAAAUACAACGAGAAGCUACUAUGAUAUCAGAAAUUAAUGAAGCUAUUAAACAAAACGAUUUCCAACAAGUGAAAGUUUUAAUUGAAACUGUCAUUGAAAAACAUACAAAUACAUUUAAUUUUGAUGCCUUUCAUGCUAACAAUACUUUCAAGCAGUUAUGGGAAUCUAUGUUCCUUUGUUUGACGUUGGACAGUUACAGAUGUAUUUACAAACAAUGUUUAACGUGCAUUCGACUUCUAAGUCGAGACAAAACACAUUUGAAAGAUAUUGUAAUUGAAAAACAUGUCAACAUUCUGCUUCAGUGUGCUAAUCUUGUUGAUAGCACAUUAUGCAUAGUGAUCACAACUGAAAAUACAGAUAUUAUCGUAGAAGGUUUGAAAUGCUUGUGUAAUAUAGUUUAUAAUUGUGACACUGCACAAGAAAUAUGCUGUUCUAACAAAACUGUUGACUGCAUUAUUCUCAGACUAAGAACAUAUUUUGAACAAAAUAUUCCAUAUUUCAUAAAAUAUUUUGACAUCAAACUUUUAUUUCUAUUAACAGCAUUUAACAAAGAUAUAAGAUUAAAAAUCAUAGAAGAGUUACAUGGUCUCACGUACCUAACAGAAGUUUUAGACAAUAUAUUACGUGGCACUAUUGAAGAUGUAUCCAAAAGCAAUUCAUCUAGCUUACAAGAAGAAAAUGUGUUACUCAGCUGUGAAAUACUGAAAACAUUAUUCAACUUGACUGUAAUUCCAAGUAGUGAGUCAUCUGUGGAAGAUGAUUAUUCAAUUUGGAUUAGAUUGAUUUCCAUAUUACGUGAUUUACUAGUCACCUCAAAUUUUGUCCCAUUAUUUCAAGAUAACAUUAUUUGUAAUGUUGUAAAUUUGUUGACAAAUGCACCACCAACUUGUUUAGAUCAAUUGCUAGUUAAAAGUCAUUGGUGUGAUUUUGAUGCUUUAAAAGUUAUAGUGAAUUAUCUAGAUAAUCAAUUAUCUAAUACAGAGAAUCCAUUAUAUGAACAUAUAUCACCAGUAUUGAUGGUACUAUUAAAAGGAUCUAGAUCUGUCGCAAAAUUUCGUUGUGAAGUACGACAGCAAAUUUUACCUCCAUUGAAAGAUGUUAUCAAUCGACCUGAACAAGGAAAAACGUUGCGUAAUAAAUUAUGCCGUUUGCUCACUACUCCCAAUGUGAGUCUUCGUGACCUGGUUGCUGAACUAUUAUUUGUCUUGUGUAAAGAAAAUGUGGGUCGUAUGAUCAAAUAUACAGGAUUUGGCAACGCAGCUGGUUUAUUUGCAAAUCGGGGAUUACUUUGUAAAACAUCAAAUCCAGAUUACUCAUCAGAUAGUGAAGAUAGUGAUACAGAAGAAUAUCUAACAUACAAAGACCAGAUAAAUCCAGUUCUUGGAUGUUAUGAACCACCAAAACCUAAUCCAUUUGAAUGCAUGUCUGUUGAACAACAAGAACACGAGGUUAUGCAGUUGGUUUCUAAAAUGGAUAAACUCACCAGGGAAGGAGUGAUACAGCCAUGUAAAAUUGGAGAUGAUGGUCGACCAAAACCUAUUGAACAUGUUCUUCAACUUCAAGAAGAAUUGAUGAAUCAUUUUUCUAAUAUAAAAAAUAAAGAUGGGCCAGAUGAUGAGAGUGAUUAAGUCAUUAAUUAAUUAUCUAAUUUAAUUGUUUAUUUAUUUUUAUUUAUUAUUAUAGAUUAUUUGUAGUCAAACUUUUUACUCAUAAUAUUCAUUAGCUAUUAUUAGGUACCUGUAUUUUCUAACUCCUAAGGUAAAAUUUGUGUAUUCAGGUUUGAUAUCUUCAGUUUUAAAAUUUGAGUCAAUUUAGUUUGCCAUCUAGUAAAUUGUAUUAUGCACAUACUAAUGUACUAU